AAAAAGUUUUGUACUUGGGAAAUGUUGGUAUAAAGUUUUUGUUGCUGAAAUUUGAAGGCUGAUGAUGAGAUCUACAGAGUACAUGUUAUGAAAAAUUAAGUUGAGCUUCUUCUUCAAUAAAUGUAUUUUAAAGAAGCAGCAGGAGAGCAGUGCCAUUAUAGUCCAAAGUUGGACAGCUUUCUUGUAAAUUAUGCAAGGCAGAAGAAGCAUCCUUCAGGGGGUUUUAUCCAUCCAUCUGGCGAGGAGCUCUCUCUUUAUGACAGCAUAGACAAACUCAAAAAAUGCUCUGGAGAUCGUCAGGGAACAAAAUACCGGGUUUGGAUUGAUCGCCUUUUGCCAACAAGGAUAAGCAAUGAUGCAUGGCUUGUGAGGUUUGAUAAAUGGGAAACAUCUGGUAAGACCUUUAAAUAGUAUAUUACCUUGCAGUCGUAAACUUUUUUUACUUAACAUAUCUUACUUUACAGUAUCUAUGACAAUACAAGUCUCUUUUUUGUCUUUCCUUUGUGGGGUGUUUCUGAGGUAACUCGCUGACUCUACAUUGUAACCCUUUUCUUAUUCCAACUUCAAAGUGCUAGUGUCCUUUGUACCUUGUUUAACAGAAUUGAGUUUCACCUUUUCUCACUUGUUGCAACGUUGUUUUAGUUGACUAGAUUUCUUGAUGAUACAACCUUGUACAUUCA